CUUCCGGAGUCUCCAUGUCCAUCGGGUUUUAUGAUCUCCUAGAUAUAUUCUGUAAUAUUCUUAUUUUCUCGGCCUCGAAUUUCAUCUCCAACUUUAUCCGAUACUUCUUGCAUCCCUCAAACCUUUCAGCAAUGAAGAAAGUGAUCUUGACAGUGCAAGUGCAUGAUGAGAAAUCAAAGCAAAAGGCCCUGAUGGCAGUUUCUGCUCUUCAAGGUGUUGAUUCAAUCUCCAUGGACAUGAAGGACAAGAAAUUGACGGUGAUCGGGGAUAUCGAUCCGGUGAAUAUAGUAAGCAAGCUGAGGAAGCACUACCCCACAGAGAUAGUCUCUGUUGGACCAGCAAAAGAGCCCGAGAAGAAGAAGGAAGAACCGAAGAAAGAAGAGCCUAAGAAAGAUGAGAAAAAGAAGGACGAGGCGGCUGAGCUUCUGAAGCUCUACCAAGCCUAUAAUCCUUACAUGACCCAACAUUAUUAUGUAAGAAGCGUAGAGGAGGAUCCUAACGGUUGUGUCAUUUGUUAAUUCUUAGAUCUCAUAAGAAUUAUAUUCAACAUAUAUAAAAUGAGAAAAAAAAAAAAAAAACAAGUCGGUGAUCUCAGUACUGAAUUUAUGUCCGAAAGGAGGUUGAUGUUCAAGAAAUAGGGAGGGGUCUAAUGUACAGUAGACGAUGGUGAGUUGUUUGAAGUUUUAUUGGUGUUGCUUGGAAUCUUUAUGUAUUUUAGUACUCUCGAGUUGUUUUGCAUCAAUGGAAGAUUAUAUAUGCUACUAUUGUAGUCGAA